GCUUGGAGGCUGGUCAGACGUUGCCACGGAAUGCUGCCAUCGACAGUGUGACGGGAAAAAUGGAGUUGCCGGGUAGCACAUUGAGCGCGCUGGAUAUUUUUCACAGCAGCAUCGGGGCCAAAGGCUCUUUGAUGGCGCUGCUUGACCACAGUCUCACUACGCCUGGUGUACGACGCCUUCGUCUGUGGCUGUCGGAACCGCCUUGUGAAAUGAACACAAUCACAGCACGCCGAAAAGCCGUUUCUUUCUUGUUGCAUGGAGAGGAUGAUAACACCGUGACGCAUUUGCUUCGGGAGUGUGCCCGGUUUGGCGAUAUUGAAGCAACACUGGGAAAGAUGCGGGCGCAACGCUGCUCAGUUGGAGAGUACAUUCAACUUCUGCGUGCUCUGGAAACAGUCCACACUUUGGCUCAUGCCGUAUUAUCCCGCAAUGACGGGCGCAUAGAUAAUUUAAUUCUUGAGACUCUGCAGAGGGUCACUUCCGCGGAAACGGCCAAUUUUAUUCAGUUGUGCAAAUGUGAAAUGGAAUCACACGCGACAUCCCCAUUAGAGUACUUUACAUCGCAUGGUGUUUCUGUUCCUUCUGCCAUACAGACCCACCUAACGGCUCGUGAUGAGGCAUUACAUGCCCUUGAUGAGGAGCUGGAGUACAUUCGCCAGACACUGCAUAUGCCUGAUUUGGAGUAUCGCACCAUCGCUGGGACGCCAUUUAUUGUGGACGUGCCACAAGCAAAGUGUAAUCGUGUACCAAAAGACUGGUUAGUGUUGACACGGACAAAAAGUCAUGUUCGAUUUCACACACCAAACAUUGUUGAUCGUAAUGUUUUACUUUGUUCUGCCCGAGAGCGUCUUAUUAUUGCGGCAAAAGAUGCAUGGCAACAAAAGCAGGAUGAGUUGUCUAACUCUUCCUUAGCCAUGAAUGCCUUUCAGGCUGUCAUCGAUGCUGUGGCCGUGCUGGAUGCGAUUCGGUGCCUUACUGUGACAUCUUCUUUCCGUGGCUACGUUGCACCGGAGCUCUCAGAUGGUGCAACGUGUCUGAAGAUUGUGGGCGGUCGGCAUCCAGUGCUGGACAACAUUUUACGGGGAGGCUACGUGAGCUGCGAUUUUUGCCUGGCAAAAGGUGGGGCAUGGAUCCUAACAGGACCCAAUAUGGGUGGAAAGUCUGCACUUAUGCGCAUGGUUGGCGCAUUCGUUAUCAUGGCCCAGCUGGGUUGCUACGUUCCUGCGACUGCGGCGCAGUUGCCAUUGUUCACAGCCGUAUAUUGUCGUAUGGGGGCAAGUGACUCUCUACUGGAGGGAACCUCUACGUUUUUGAAGGAGAUGCAAGAGACAAGCCGAAUUCUGCGCUCGCCACGUGUAUCCUCCUCACUUGUAUUGUUGGAUGAACUUGGGAGGGGUACAAGCAGCUUUGACGGUAUUGCCGUUGCUGCGGCAACGCUUGAAUAUCUUUUGCAACGAGGCACGACGAUGCUGUUUGUGACGCAUUACUCACAUCUGUGUGAGCCGUACCUUCAUAAUACCUCCGAGGGAAAACAAGUAUCGUGCUAUUAUAUGGGGUUUUCUGAGGAGCAAGAUGAAGACGGAGGAGAUGGGGAGCCCAAACUGGUGUUUACCUACAAGCCUACACCGGGUGUAACACCGUCUAGUUUUGGGGUGCGGGUAGCACGCAUGGCGGGACUUCCGCAUGAUGUUGUGGCGGAAGCACAGCGGCUCAGGA